CAGUUUGUUUGGAGUUGGACUUGGUCUUGGAUUUGGAAGUUGGAACGCAGCAACAGUGCCAACAGUCACGCCUUUGGCUUUGCCUUGGCUCUGCCGAAGCCGUUUGACAUAAAAAGGUCGUCGUCGGCAACCCUUCAACUUACUGUUUAUAAAAUAAGGUCUAACAAAGUUAGGCAUAGCCAUCCCUAGACAGGAAUGACCGUAGUUAAAUUAGGAGCUGAUCUUACUCAAGUGAAGUAGAUCUAACGUUAGACAGGAAUAACCGUCGUUUCUGGGGAUUUAUUGAACAAUUUCUGACAUUUUACUGUAAUCCCCAUUCACCGACGGUAAAGUGUGCGCGUGGGCUCGCAUUUGUUAUAACACCAGCACUUUUGUCAAUCCAGAGUCCAAACUUUGGGACUAUAUUACACAUCUAUGUAUGGUGAGUGGAGCCAACGUAGUUCAGCAGAACAACCAAAAUACAGAGACUGAAGCUUUUGGUCUAAUCUAACGUUAGAGUCCUUGACUUGAGCCGAUAUUGAAAUUGUGCACCGAAAUGGAAGAAAAUGUAGAGAAGGCUUUCGGGAAGCUGACAGAGUUCAUCUGCAAUACAACACAUUACAUUCAACCAACUUACGAUGCGGCGAUGUUGGAAAUGAAUCAUAUACUUUCUUCAAUUGACUUGGAUAAACUGAAGGAAGAGUGGAUUGCCAUUGGAAAACGAAGCAUUCAACUCGCAGUUGCAGCUGCUGAUGGCAUACUGAAAGAACUUCCAAGGCUACAGGAGAAUGUCAUGUAUUGGUUGCAGGAGAUCAUGGAGAAAGGAGAACAGCUUUCAAGGGAUGUUAGCAGCAGAACCAUGUGGACAGCAUUUUUACUCACUAUUGCUUUCAUCUGGAUCAUUUCUCCAAGAAAUGAUAGGGGCAAGAUGAAAAAGGAGUUGGGCAGAGAUAUAGAAGACCAUAUGAUUCUCAGCCUCUUAAAUCUUGCAAAGGCCUCCUAUGUGAAAGCAAAUGCUAAAGAAGUGAUGGACAUUGUAGAUGUACUUCACGUUGAUCCAAAUUACUCAGUUUCCGAAGACAAGAUGACACUCUUUCUGUGUGCUUGCCUUGGAGGAAGUACAAGCCUUGUAAACUAUUUUCUGAAAAGAGGGGGUGAUGUUACAAGCAGAAACGUCCAUGGUGAUAGUUGUCUUCAUCUAGCUGUGUUCUCUACAUCAGGAUCAAGACAUCCUACCAAACGACUGGUGGAGAUUCUCCUUAAAAAUGGGGCAGAUCCAAAUUGCCAGAACACCAAAGGAGACACCCCCUUGCACAUUGCAGGCAUGACUAACGAUACAGACAUGAUCCAGCUUCUCAUGCUGUAUGGUGCAAAUCCUUCAAUCAGCAACUUUGAUGGCAUUCUACCAAUUCACAUUGCAGCAAAUGCAGGUUACAUGUCAGCUGCCAAGCUUCUGAUGGUUAAACUUGAGAACAACAAUGAAUGGAAAGAAGGGGAUACCCCUCCCAAAGUCACAAUUGGUCUCCUUAGUCCAGAGAAAGCUCACCUUGUCCUGUCCUCCAGGCCAAGAAAGAUUGCCUACUCUACCUGAAUAUCACUUCGAAAGAAUGCCGCAGUGGAAUAAUGGCCCUAACUCUUGGAAGUUUUUGAAAUGUCACUUGAAGGACCAAGUUCAUGAAACUUGGGACAUAAGGGUAAUCAAGUACAGAACUACUGAAUAUCCUGUAAUGAAGUAUUUAAUCACUAUUUCAGGUGACUAGGCAAACUAUCACUUUCUCGGCAAGCUGGAUAUACUCGCUAUCUUUCAUCAACUUCGCUUCGGAAAGAUAGCUACAUCCAGCUUGCGUCAAAAGUGAUAGUUUGCCGAUCACCUUCACCAACGGUGAUUAUUUGCUCAUUGAUAUUUUCUUGAUGCCAUAUUAGAGUACAUAGAAUGAAUAUGAUCUUUUAUUAUGACUUCAUGAUGAUUUUCAUAUAAAUUUGUUACGUAGUGCAUGUAUACAGAAAACAUAUUUAUUCAAAGUUUAUCAUUCAUAUUUAUAUGUACGUGUAAAAUGAUGCCAUUGUAUGCUUUUUCAAGACUUCAUUAGAAUUUUCGUGUAAUAUUGGUAACAUAGAUAUGUUCUUAUAUAGAAAAAAAUAUUUAUUCUAAGUUUAUCGUUUAUAUCUAAGGUGAUUGAAAGUUAAUAUUGUCUUGAUGACACAGAAGAGUAUAAAAGUAUGAAUAUAAUGUUAUGUACAGUAUAUUACACAUAUAUUACAUGAUUACCUUCACCAACGGUGAUUAUUUGCUUAUUAAUAUUUUCUUCUUGCCAUGUUGGUGUACAUAGUAAUCUGAAUAUGUUCUUUUAUUAUGACUUCAUGAUAAAUUUGUUACAUGGUGUAUAUAUGUACAUAGAAAACAGAUUUGUUCAAAGUUUAUCAUUUAUAUUUAAAUAUACAUGUAAGUUGAUGCCAUUGUAUGUUUUUAUCAAGACUUCAUGAGCAUUUUCAUGAAAUAUUGUUACAUAGUCUAUGUAUGUAUGUAUAUAUAACAAAAUAUUUAUUCAAAGUUUAUCUUUUAUAUCUAAGGUGAUUGAAAGUUAAAGGGGAUUCCAAACCAAAUAAAAAUUUAUUUUUAGAGGAAAAGAAAAAUCAGAUCAGUUGAUAGGUGAAAGUUUGAAU